AUGAAACCAGCUUGGUCCCGUCCAAUUGAUACAACGAAUUCGUACCCGAAUGUUUGGCUAGAGUUUAAUGCAAAAGAGUCAAAGAAUUCGGAUCGUAUUAUAAAAUAUAGGAUCCAGGAUUUGCCAGAGGAUCGAUUCGACGACGCCAUUCAACACAUAAUUGAUGAUUUUUUGCUUGAUGCGCCAAUAACAAAGUUCUUUGGCGCAGCAACCAAUAAAAAAUAUGUUGAAGAUUAUUUACGUUCUUGCCGAUGGAAAUUGCCCAACAAAACCACGCUGGUUUGUUUUCGAGAGGGAUCAGACGAAAUCGUCGGAUUGAAUGUUACAUACGUAUCAGUAAAAAACGAUCCAUUUUGGCAAGAGGUUACUUUUGCGGCACAAACUGAUGAGUACAAAGAUCAUAUGACCAUUACGAGGCUUUUACGCGCAAAUGUUGAUAUAUUUGAAAAGUACAAGGUUGACAAAUAUUUGGGAUGCAUUUGCUUAUCAGUUGCGCAAGCUUAUCGCGGUUUGAAUAUAGGUCAACGACUUCUUGAAGCACGGGAGCCACUGUGCAAAGCUCUUGAUAUUCGAGUGACACAGUCGUUAUUCGUGUCUGACAACUCGAAUCACAUCGCUGAUAAAGUUGGAUUCAAGAUCGACUCACAAUACACAAUGGACGAAUUGAGUGAAAUCUAUCCAAAAAUCCCAUUCAAACAAUUUGACGCAAAAAUUUUCGCCGUGAAAUCGUGGAAUUUCCAGAAAAUAAAUGCAUAG